AUGCAGACUGCUUCUACAAACAUUUGUAAAGACUGUGCAAUAAGUCCAUCUGUAAAAUUUCCUUGCUAAUAAAUAUUUCAUGGUCAACUGUUAGUGGUAUUAUAACAAAGUGGAAGCAACUGGGAACAACAGCAACUCAGCCAUGUAGUGGUAGGCCACGUAACAUGACAGUGCACAGAAGUCACCAACUGUCUGCAGAGUCAAUAGCUAAAAACCUCCAAACUUCAUGUGGCCUUCAGAUUAGCACAACAGUGCAUAGAGACCUUCAUGGAAUGGGUUUCCAUGGCCGAGCAGCUGCAUACAAACCUUAC